AUGUGGAACUUAAAGCCCAGCAUUCAAAGAGCCAGUGAAGCCCUCAUAAACGACUUCACAUGGAACCGAGUCGGACGGCUCGCCGUGGCCGGAGCCAGUGCUGUCCCACGAGCGGCCGUCGAAUAUGCCACUGAGAAAGUUCCCAUCGUCGGCUGGCUUCCCAGAUACAACCCUCGCUGGCUGAUCAACGAUGUUAUCGCCGGCCUGACCCUCGGGCUCAUGUUGAUUCCGCAGGGCCUGUCGUACGCCAAAAUCGCCACGGUGCCGGUUCAGUACGGCCUCAUGUCCAGCUGGCUGCCGUCGGCCCUCUAUGCUUUUAUGGGCACGACAAAAGACCUGUCUACAGGCCCUACGUCCCUCAUCAGUCUGCUGACAGCCGAGAUCAUCGCCGAUCUCCAUGACGAGAAGUGGUCAGCCUCCGAGAUUGCCUCAGGGGUUGCCAUGAUGAUGGGCAUUUACGGUUUGGUGAUUGGGCUCCUGAAGCUCGGCUUCCUCUUGGAGUUCAUCUCCCUCCCCAUCCUGAGCGGCUUCAUUUCGGCCGUUGCCAUCACCAUCAUCCUUAACCAGAUGGAUUCGCUCCUCGGCGAGCAGGAUGUCGGUGACGGCGCCGCCACGCAGAUUCACGACAUCUUCCAGGAACUGCCCCAGGCUAAUGGCUACGCCUGCGCGGUCGGUUUCACCGGCAUCUUCCUCCUAACCGCACUCGACCAAGCCGGCAAGCGGUGGGGGAGCCGAAACAAAAUCAUCUGGUUCCUCUCCAUCACCCGCGCCUUCAUCACUCUCGUCAUCUUCACCGGCGUCGGAUACGCUGUAAACAGAUCCCGCGGCAGCCCAGACAGCUUUCUCUUCGAUGUCGUCCAGGUGAAGUCCAACGGCCAGGAACCACCUCGAGCGCCAACCCCUGAGCUGCUCUCUCGAGUUGCCAGCCGAAGCAUAGCCGUUUUCAUCGGUUCGGCCGUCGAACACACCGCCGUAGCCCGCGGCUUCGCGGUCAAGAACAACUAUGUCAUGGAUCAGAGUCAGGAGCUGACCUUUUACGGCGCCGCCAACAUUGCCAACAGCUUCUUUCACGCAAUAGGGGUCGGUGGCGCCAUGUCCCGGACUGCCGUCAACUCAGCCUGCAAGGUCAAGUCACCCAUUUCCGGGCUCAUCACCACAGCUGUCGUUCUCGUAUCCAUUUUCAAGCUGGUCGGCACGCUCUACUGGAUUCCAAAGGCCACCCUGGCGGCAAUAAUCAUCACCGCCGUGUGGCCCCUUAUCUCCCACCCGUCUGUUUUCUACCGGUACUGGCGGACCUCCCUCGCCGACUUCAUCUCGUCCAUGAUCGCUUUCUGGGUAUCUCUCUUCGUGUCCACGGAGAUUGGCAUCGCCAGCUCCGUCGGGUUCAACAUCGUCUACGUCCUCCUCCGCCAGGUCUUUGCCAGCGUCUCAACACUGCCAAAAACAACCCCCGACGAGCUCCCCCUUGCCAUUACCCCCAACUCACCCCCCAGUGGCAACCUCGCCCUUACCCAAACCCAAACCCACAUCCCCAUCCCCCGUGACACGCGCAUCUUCUUCUUCACCGACUCGCUCUUCUUCCCCAACGCCUACCGCGCCAAAACCGCCAUCCUCGAAGGCGUCCAAACCCACCACGCCCCAUCCUUCAACCACACCACCACCCCCACCCCCACCAGUACCAGCACUAGUUCCGAAGAACCAGAACGAAAUUGGUCCGUCACCCGCUCUCAACGCCUCUCCAAACUCCGCCGUCGCGCAGGCGUCACAGACCCAAGCACGUUGCCCCCCAUCCGGCUGGUCGUGCUCGAUUUUGCGCGGGUCAACCACAUUGACACAACGGCGUGCACACAUCUCAGAGCGCUGGUUUCUGAGUUGAGGGGGUAUGCGGGGAAGGAGGUGCAGGUGAGGUUUGUCGGGGUGUCGGGGUAUGUGAGGGAGAGGUUUGAGAGGGCGGGGUGGAGGAUUCAGGUUAUAGGAGGAGACUCCAUGAUGGGCAUGGAAGGGGAGAGGGGGGGGGAUGGGGAUGGGGAUGGGCCUGUGGUGAGGGUUUAUUGGAAUGUUGUGGCUGCGGUUACGGAGCCGGUGCAUAGGGGUAGGGAAAGGGAUGGGGGGAGUAGUUCUGAGAAGGUUGGGGAGGGGGAUGAUAAAGGGGAGGGGAGUGCGAGGGCGAGGUAUGUUGAGAUGGUGUGA